UUUGCAAGUCGUAUAAUGUUCUGUACAUUUGGAAGUCGACUGUUUGGGAGAGGCUGCUACUCCUUUGACAGGAGAUUGGACAGAGUGCGAUGUGCGCUCACCUCAAUGAUGGACAAGCACGUCAACUCUCAGAUGUGGAAGAAAAUCCCCUUGGCCUUGGAGAACUCCUCCUCCUCUGUUGUACCUUCACAUAGGACAAGCACAAAUUCCCACAGUAGCACCCCUUCUUCAGGCUUCCUGGGCCCCCCUGCCACCCUGCCCCAGACUCCUUAUAGCCAAUCGUACGAGGGCAAGUCCGUGCUCUCCUAUGGGACCACCUUAAAUGCCCGCAGCUCCCCACAGGGCGGGGCUGAGCACCCGGCCUACGGCAUUACGCAGGCCCGACAAGUGUCUUCGUCGCCUCAGAUGCCUUCAGCCCACUCGUCCUCCUCUUCGUCAGCUCCUUCCCUCGCCUCAGGCCGGGCGCUUAAGUCCCGCUCCUCCUCCUCCAGCAGCAGCACUACCAAGUCGUCGUCAUCGUUCAGGCCCAGAGACAUCUCCUCUGGCCCCUCCACCCCCCUCUCCCCCAACUCCCUCAGUGGAGCCAACAGUAACAGUAGCAACACUAGCUUCAGCUCGGGGAAGAAGAGGAAGAACAGUGCGAUUCUCUCUUCGUCCCACGUCCCUUCUGACUCCUCCUCCAAUGCCAACUUUUCCUCGUCUUUCAAGAAGAACUGUGCAAAUGUCGGCAGCUCAGGGAGCACCUACCACCACGGCUCAUUAGGUCCUUCAUCCUCCUCGUUGUUAUCUUCCUCCCACACCGGUGUCCACAGCGUGGGGCUCAACUGUGGCCCCACGGUGCGGACCAACUCACUCAGCCUCAAGGCCGAGUCCACAGGAGGGUCAGCGGGCGGCUCCUCGGGGCCGCCGGCGAGAGGCCCCCCCUCGGGCAGCCCUGCAGAGUCCAUCAAGCGCAUGAGCGUGGUGAUGAACAGCAGCGACUCCACCCUGUCCCUCGGGCCCUUUGUCCACCACCCGUCUCUAUCCUCCUCUGACCACCACACCAACUUCAGCCACCACUCUGACGGGCGCCUCGAGGGCAAGAAGCGCAAAAGCUCUCCUGCCUCCAGCGGCAUUAAUAGUGCAGGGGGAGGGGGAGGUGGGGUGGCAGGAGGGGGACCUGGACCAGGGAGAACCAAAGUGGCCAAGUCACCUGCCAUCAACAACAUCCAUGGGAAGCAUGGGCGGAGCAUUCCAGGGACACCAGGGCUACCCAACAACCAUUUUCAGCCAAAGGCUCGUCCCUGACAGCGGUCUCCGGCUUCGUUGUGUGGAACCGGCAGGCGGACGGGGAACAGUCCGGAGCUUUCCGCAAACCGCUCUGGACGGCACGAGGCCUUUUAAUCAAAACCCACAUUUCUCUCAGCUUCCCACAAUCCUCAGGGUGGAGAUGAUCUGGACUGCCUAGUGAAGUCAAUGUGGUCCUUACUAUUUCUCCCAAAGCCAUGUGUGAGUGUGUGUGCAAGUGUGCGUGAAUGUUGGGAGGGAUAUGGGCGCGAUGGUACGGCGUAGAGUGCCAGGGGUCUAAUGAGCGAGCCAGGGACCCUGCCCCCCCCCCUCACAAGUGUCCCAGUAUUCUGAGAGGUCUUCCUGUCUAGAGGAACAAUAGCAACAGCCAUGAGUCUCUUGAGCUUCAUUGGGUUGAAGUGAAGGGCUGCAGCGACAAGCCGCCAUGACGCUGAGCACCUGGGGGAGACAACAAGCCCAUCUCCUCCGCGUCAGUUAAAGAAUGGCUGUGCGAAUGUGCGUACAAGUAUUUGUCUCAUGUCAGAUUCUGCUGGACUACUGGAAUUUCCAACUUAAUUUCACCCCCAGCGCCUGAUCUCAGAAGCCUUGGAAGGAGGAGCAGCAGCAAACCGUUUCUUGCAACACACAAUCACCCUGUGUUGUUCCACUUCUCCUUAGUCCGACUCUACGUUCCAGUAACUUUGGGUUAGCCCGAGAGGAGCCUAUAGGGACGAUCUGGUCAAUCCUUUUAUUACCCAGAAUAAUUAUGCAAAGUGUUACCUUUUUAUGAUUUCUUAUGAGCUUUUUACACUGAACUACAAAGAGUCUUUGUAGACGUGGUGAAGGCAGUUUCAAAUGUGAAAAGGACGCCUGAUGUGCCCAUUCGAUCGAAUCUUUUGUGAGAGAUAACUUGGACAUCAUUUUCCGAAUCUUUUCAUUGUGCAAAAAUGAUCGCCACACAGUACACCUACCCCCAACUGUGAAAAGCACUAAGAAACUACUUUCUCUCCACAGGCAUUGCUUAGUCGUACACAAACUGGCCAAAAUCUGCUAUCAGCUUUGCCAACUACUUCUUUUUUUUUUUUUUUUUUUACAAAAAGGUGGGCAAUUCUUGAUCAUGAAGCGGUGAUGGUGCAUUGCCUGCGUGGAUAUGAUACAACUUGUGCAAGCCGUAUUGUUAUUGCCACAACUUACCUACUUUAUACCCAUUCAGCCCAGUGGAAUCCACAGCUGUUGUGGGCAGAUGUGAAUUGUAAUGUUUAUUUUUCCUACAUAGGGAAUCAGGUAUGGUACGUCUUAACUGGAGCAAACUUUAUGCACGUCACCUGUCUUCUGUGGGUUGGACUGUCCCUCCUGUGUGUAACCACUACCCACGCUCUGGAUGUUACAGUUCUAAUGCCUCAGCGUAACACUAUGUUGGUGUGUGUCGAGGAAAGACUAGUGGUAGUAGAACGGAUAACCAGGCAUUAUACUCUAUUCCUUUGUCAAAAUGGAGUCUUAAAUCAGGCAAUACUUGCCCAUCUCGUCGGGAUGUUUGUUUAUUACGAGUAUUCUCGAGGGGUGUUAAGUGCGAGAUUCAUGGAGAUGGCUUCACGGGACAUAUUUUAACUUUUGGCAACACCUUUUGAUUUAUGAAACCUCCACUGAUGUCAGUGUCGAAAAGUAGAGGAGACAUUUUUUAAUAUUCUUAUUUUAGCCUUUUUUUUUUCUUUCUUGUAGCCUAUGUAUCAAACAAGUAUUGAAGUAUCCCUAUUUGAGAAUACAUAUUUUGUUAAAUUGUACAUAGUGAAAUAUGUAUUUUUGCACAGGCAUUUUUCGUACAUGCUGAAUUUUUGGUACAAUUUUCAAAACAUGAAAUACAAAAGGAAUUAUUUAUUUAGUAAAAAAGAAAAGAUGGAAAAAGUCAAAGAACUUGAUUAUUUGAAGUGGUUCACUGCCAAGUCUAUAUAAUGCAAUACGCCUAUAUGUAGAAGCCGAAGCAUCUCAUGAAUCGUGUACUGAGAUGUUUAAAGGAACAAAGGUGAAGUGUUGCCACUGUAGCAUGUGUCUGUACGACGGAGGAUACCUUUAUUCAAGUUCAAGGUCUCUAUCACACGUGCUUUUACAAGACGUUUUACGUUGCCUAUGAAUCAACACAAAAAAAGUUACUUUAUGACCCAAUUAGCCUGUGAUUUUGAAACGUCCCGCGGACUUGAAGCCGUGCCCGUUGUCUCACCGGUUUCCAUGGACUCUUCAGUCACACACUUUGUAGACCUUAAACACAUGUUCUUUUAUAAAGGCUGAAGGGACUUUAGCAAUCAUCGCAAGGAAGAGGAACACUUCAAAGUCUGACUGCUUGCAUCAUCGUUGCCAAACAAGUAAUUUGAAUCACAGCUUUUAAAAGAAAUAUCAAAUUAAGAAAGUGCCUGAAUUUGUUUCACCCUGA